UAUCCCAGUUGUGUCUGGACUCGUACGUCGAACGGGUCGUUCAGUUGUUGUGCUCCGUGUGUGUGAACCAUUUCAAUUUAAAGAGACUAAACAUUGACGAAAACAUUUUGAUUCGGAUUAUUAUCAAUCGGUGCCAAUUUUAUCAAUCGAAUUUUUACACAAUCUCUCUCAAUAACUAAACACACUCAGAAGAAUGUCGAUGAUGUCGAAUGAAUUGCUGUUGUGCGCGGAUGCGUGUCCGGAAGUGAUGCCGGUGGCUGCCAGAGAUCCUGCCAUUAUGACGGAUCGACGAGUUUUGCAACAAUUGCUCAGAUUGGAAAUGUUUUCCGUUCCAUCCAGCGAUUAUUUCGCACCGACCAGCACCUCUGAAUUGCAGCCCUACAUGCGUCGUGUCGUCACUACCUGGAUGCUCGAGGUGACUGAGGAGCAAAACUGCGAGGAACAGGUUUUCCCAUUGGCUGUCAACUUGCUGGAUCGUUUCUUGGCUUUAGAAGCGGCCGUUCUUCAACGAUGCCAACUGCAACUACUCGGCUGUGUCUGUCUACUAACGGCCAGCAAGUUGCGUCAGUGCCGGCCCAUUGGUGUCGAUCUACUCGUCUACUACACCGAUUACAGCGUCACGCCAGCUCAGAUCAGGGUCUGGGAAAUGCUGCUGCUGGGCAAACUUGGAUGGGACGUGUCGGGCGUGACGGCCUUUGACUUUGUCGACCACCUGAUGGAGCGCCUCGAUCUGUCGUCGUCAUCUUCCUCCUCUCCAGUCACAAACAGCAGCGGCCGUCAUGUCCUCCAGUCGACGGGAUCCGUCAGAGACAGCGCCACCGUUCUCCGCGCUCACGCUCUCACCUACGUCAGCCUCUGCUGCACAGAAACGGAUUACAUGAGAGUACGCCCGUCUUUGAUCGCUGCGGCUUCUAUUUCGGCGGCCAUCAACCGACUGGGUCUCACGACCUCUUCGUCAACCAUCGACCCAUCGUGCGAGGAGCGUCUCCUAGCCGAUUUGGUGGCCACCGAUGCUCAUCAGUUAGCCAGCUUGGUCCGGACUGUCGAAUCCCUCAUGGCCGCCCAGUUGGCCUCUGUUCAACAGCAACAACAAGACCACCACCUCCAACAACAACAGCAACAACAGCAGCAGCAGCAACAACAACAACUUCCUCACGUAAAAAACAGUAAAAUGCAGACGGCGACGAGUAGUUGGGAAUUGGACGUUCAGCCGGAAACCCCCACCGACAUCCAGGAUAUCCACUUUUAAAAUGAUCCAUUACGCAGGACACAACACGAAACGCUAAAUCUUCAUCACAACAACCCCAACUCUCUACUCCCCAAAACAAAAACACCUGAAUACUUAAAUAAUAAUUCAAUUUAAAAAAAAAUAGAGGAUGAAAGACACAACAAAAACUUUGUCCGACGACUGAGACAGUAUUACCUGAUGAGCCGUUCAUUUUAAUUAAAUUUAAAUUCCUAGUUUCUUUUUUUAAUUAUUAUUAGAAAAAAAAGUAUUGAAAUAACCACACAAAAAAAAUUAAAAUAUCCUAUAUCACACAAAAACGUUUAUGGCUCAAAAGUGUCAUGUACAGAUAUAAUAAUAAGCUUUUUUUUAAUUUUUUUAAAAUUAAUUUUAAGGAAGAAUAGUAUUUAAACUGGAAUUUUUUUAAUAAAAUAAAAAUAAAAAAAGAUAAAAACCAAACAAAAAAAAAUAUUUUUUUUUGCCAUAGAAUUUUAAAAAAGUGAAUCCCACCCGAAUAAUCCUUACCCCUCCAAAUAAAAUGUUUACAAUGUAAUUCCCAAAACAGUUCAAACAGUGCUUCGAGAGUGUGCCCCCUUAACGUUUUAUUUCUCCUUUUACUGCUGAUGUUUGAUUGAUUUCCUUUUUUCCGUAUAUAACCAUUUAUAGACACACAUCCCGUCUCCACUGCCCCCAAGCUGGUUUCUCUGUCAUAAGUUUAAAAAAAAAACUCUGUUGAAGAAAAACAAACAAAAUACCUCGUCGCCCCUCCACUUAUCAAACCACACGUCAAUUUCAAGUAGUUUCUAAGUUUUUUUUUACCCCAUGUCUAGUCGAUUCGUCAUCACUACACAGCAAACCUACACCGCAAA